GUUUCCAGGACUUCACUUUUUAAAGCCAUGUCUGUUUUGUUUUGCUCAGGAUCUUAUUUUCUGACUCAAUUUUGCAAUAAUGACCAAGUGAGAGGCACUUAGGAAGUUAACUUUAUAAUGGACUCUACUGGACAUUGGAGAACAUACACAGUUUUAUUGUUUAAUUUUCUGGUGUUUAAUGCUCCAUCCUCUCAAGAACCUUCUUUUGGAAAUGCAGUGAAUGUGAGCAGUGAGACACAGUUUCCAGAUAACGUCUCCAGGCAGCAUACGCUUCCCUCCUGGUUUUAUACAUCUAUUGAUGCUGUGCCCAAGCAUGGCACAGUCAGCUUACACUCCCAUAACAGAUGGCGAACACAGAUGGCUUUCUCCAAAACUGUUUAUUCAUUUGAUGUGAAAGAAGACACAGUACCAGGAACAGUUGUGGGAAAGGUGGAAACCUUGUUUGAAAGUCUCACGCCUAUCAAAUACUCAGUGCAGGAGGAUGGCGGAGAGAACCUGUUCCUCCUCAGCCCUUUCUCAGGGGAGUUCCUAUUAUCCCGCAGCCUGGAUUUCGAAGCACAAAGAUUCUACAUACUCUCUGUGGCGGUGCAGCAGGGGGACUCACAGGUAUCCAGUGUCAGGGUGUAUUUCAAUGUGUUGGAUGUGAACGACAACCCCCCUGUUUUCAGUCAAGAGACCUUUACUGCGUCAUUGCCUGAGGACGCACAGACUGGCACCUGCUUCCUGUCCUUGAGUGUGUCAGAUAAAGAUGAUGGUGACAAUGGAAAGUCUAAACUAAGAGUGGUCGGUGGCGAUGAAGAGGACGUGUUUUUCAUAAACACAGCUGGUAGUUUAUGCCUGAACUCAGAGUUAGACAGAGAGAGACAAUCCCUUUACAGUCUGACUGUGACAGCUAGUGAAUGUGCUCAGCCUCUAUCUUUACAGUUCACCAGCACAGCCCACGCUAUCGUGGUGGUUGAUGAUGUGAAUGACAAUGCUCCAUUGUUUGUGUCAGCCAAAAUAGUCGGCAUAGCAGAGGACACUGCACUUCAUUCUGUUAUAAUGACUGUACAUGCUGAGGAUAAAGACAUUGGGUCCAAUGCGGAGGUUUUAUACUAUUUAAACAACACUUCUGGUGGCGUGUUUAGCAUCGAUAUCAGGAGUGGACAAAUAUACCUAGAAGAGCCAUUGGACAGAGAGCAGGUAGAUAUCCUGACUGUUACUGUGACAGCCGCUGAUAAAGGCUCACCCAGGAUGGCAACCACGAUGAAUUUCACAGUGCAUGUCGAGGAUGCGAAUGACCAUGACCCUGAAUUCUCUCAAAGCACCUACAGUCUGACGGUCAGAGAGGAUAUACCCAGAGGAACGAGCCUGUUGCAGGUUCUGGCUCUUGAUCGAGACAUCGGGACAAAUGGACAAGUGCGAUACAUAUUGACCCAGACGAGUCCAUUUGUAGUGGACAGGGUUCGAGGUGUCGUCACAGUCAUGGACAAACUGGACAGGGAGAGGGAUUCAAACUACACCUUAACUGUAACAGCUGUCGAUCAGGGGAAUAUACCCAGGUCUGCUACUGCUGCUGUCAGUGUCACAGUGUCGGAUGUCAACGACUUUGCACCUGUCUUUACUCCUCCUCUUUACUCCAUACAUGUCAUGGAGAAUGAGGAGGACCCGUCUUACCUUACACAUCAGGUCUCAGCUUUGGAUGAAGAUUUAGGUGUCAACAGCCAACUUACCUACUUCAUACAGAAAGGAAAUAGUGAUGGUUUGUUCUCCAUCACUCCCAGUGGCACAUUUCAAAUUUUACACAGCCUGGACAGAGAAAGGGAAUCAUUGUACUUCGUUACAAUCAUUGCUGUUGAUGCAGGACUGCCACCUUUAACAGGUACUCUAACCAUACAUGUCAUAGUGGAUGAUGUCAACGAUAACCAUCCAGAGUUUACUGAGGAAGUCUACAACACCAUAGUGUCUGAGGACAGUCCUACAGGCACCGUGUUUGCCAUGAUAACUGCAUCUGACAUUGAUGAGGGUGUCAGUGGGGAAAUAAGGUAUUCCAUGGAGAACCUUGAUGUGCCUUUUGCCAUUGAAGAAACAUCUGGAGAGCUUUUUACAACUGAUGUUCUGGACAGGGAGUCAGUAGCCAUUUACAGGCUGAUUGUGAUUGGCAGUGAUAAGCAUCCUACUCAGCCUCUAUCAAGCUCAGUGCUUGUUACUGUGCUCAUUGGAGAUAUUAAUGACCACUGGCCCCAGUUCAUGAACAGCCCCUAUGUGGCCUAUGUGCCAACUGAGAUGGCUCCAGGCUCAGUUGUUUGUGCAGUAAGAGCAACAGAUGGAGACACUGAGAUGAACGCAGAGCUACAUUAUGCAUUAUAUGGACAAAGUUCAGAUCUGUUUUCCAUCCAUCCAUACAGCGGCACUGUAUUCUCUUCAAGUGCUCUACGGAGAACGGACGAUAUCAUUGUCAAUGUACAUGUGGAAGAUGCUGGAGAAAAUCCUAAAUUUGACAUCACCACCAUCAGCAUCAGGUUUCAGAACAUAUCUGAGUUUCCAGAGAUGAACGUGGAUGUUCUGAGUGAUUCUCUCUCAGAGGACGAACCAGUGGGGACCUUAGUGGCAGUUGUCUCUGCAGCGAGCAUCAGAGCUGAGCCUGUUUCGUUUUAUCUAUCUUCUGGAAACUUUGAAGACAUGUUUCAUGUGGAGCAGCUGACUGGAGCGUUGACAGUGGAAAACCCACUGGAUUAUGAGAACAAAAAGGAGUUUACUUUGCUGAUAGAAGCCAGGGACUCUGGCUCGCCUCCUUUCUCAUCAUUUGCAGAAAUUCACUUAAACAUCAGUGAUGUAAAUGACAACUUCCCCCAGUUCACCCAACUUGAGUACAGGUGUGAGGUUUCUGAGAACUCCCCGCCAUCCUGGGUUUGUGACGUUCUCGCCAUUGACGCUGAUUCAGGCAGUUACGGCAUUGUGCAGUACAACAUAACAGAAGGAGACACUGAUGGUUUUUUCACAAUUGACCCUGAAAAUGGUUUACUGAGCACCACUCGUCUGAUUGCUAUCACGUAUGACAUGGCUGUUGGUACUGAGGUGGCCCAGUUCACAGCAAUAGAUCGGGAUGUUGGCAUCACCAGCGACAGUAUUGAAUAUGUUUUGAAUGGUGGUAAUGCAUCUGAUUUCUUCUGGAUCCAAGCCGACAAUGGAAAAGAGAAGCAUCUGGACUGCUAA